AGUUAUUGUGAUGCGUUUCAGGAGGAGGCCGAAAAUGAAAGAGCUAAAAGGGUUCUCGAAGAGGAGGCUAUGAAAUCAUCCAACAUGUGCGAGGAAUGUGGUGCCAAUUUCAAAAAACACACUUAUUUGUUGCAGCACGUGCAAAGUCAUUCGCUUGAGAUAAGGCCGUAUGUGUGUUCUGCUGGUAACUGUCAGGCAUGUUACCGAAGGAAGGACCACCUGACUUGUCAUCUUUUACAGAAUCAAGGGAAGGUUUUUAAAUGCCCUGUUGAGAGUUGCAACACUGAGUUCUCUUUGCAAAGCAAUAUGAAAGGACGUGUUGAGGAGACCCAUGAGGACAGUUCUACCUCUACCAGUGACAAAAGUUACAAGCAGCAUGCAUGUCCUGAAACUGGCUGUGGGAAGGUUUUCAGAAUUGCAUUGCAGCUAUGAAAGCAUGAAGAUUCUCAUAUGAUUUCCUUCGUAGAGGAGGAUUUUUGAAAAAGCUGAUGAAGAGUUCAGGUCAAGGCCGAGGGGAGGGAGGAAGAGAAAAUGCCCUACUGUUGAAAUGUUAGUUAGGAAGAGGGUUAACCCAUUGAGUCAAUUGGAGAGUUGGUGGUUAUGCAUGCAGGAUAGUGACCAAGGUGAAUUGAGCAUUGUGUGCUCUUAAGUCU